CUCUGUACUUUGCCUUUGCUGUUAAGAGCCAUUAAGGAAACAUUGUGCUGCCUACGUCAUCACUGCGGGUCAAAACAUCGACGCGUUGCGUUCGCGGACAUCGGGAAUACGGAGGUCAAAACAGACACGCGGAGUGUUGUUGUGAUUAGUCUAAAAUAAUAUACGAUACAAAGGCAGCUAAUGUUAAAUAUAUAUAUAAAAAACUCACUGGCGGCUGUAGUUCCCACGUUAACGGGAAGACAAAGCGCACUCUCAUGACUGUAGCUAUGACUUAGGUCGUAAUUUUAACGUUAGCUACAAUAGUGUAACCUAGCUUCAGUUGAACGCUGUUUAUCCAAUUAUUCCCCUCACGCUCUGCACAUCUUUCAUGAAAUAAGUGGCUAAAUUAAUUAAUGGUGUCAGUUUGAAUGGUUUAGGUAAACACCACCGCAAAGAAAGACGUUGUGCCGAUCGACAAAAAGGAAAGAAAACUUACCACAAAAGUACCCGGAUGAGUGGACGCUGAAGGCCCAGCCUCGCGCUUACUCGUGUGCUAACGUGGCUAAAGUCAGCUGGUGAAGCUAACGGUACACCGCUUCUUCUCUAAAAGUCUCCAAAAGUAACCGACUACAAUGUUCGGUUCCUCGAGAUCUGGAGGGGUCAGAGGAGGCCAGGACCAGUUCAACUGGGAUGACGUGAAAGUCGAUAAACACAGAGAGAAUUAUCUUGGGAACUCUUUGAUGGCACCAGUUGGGCGAUGGCAAAAAGGCAAGGAUCUGUCAUGGUACUCGAGAGAUAAGAAAACCGGUGAACCUUUGACCAAAGAGGACGAAAUUGCCGCUGUCAAGGCUGCAGAGCACGAGGCACUGAUGGCUGCCCUAGGGCACAGGAAUAUAAAGAGGCAACCGACUGGCCUGACCAAAGAGGACCUUGCAGAUGUUUGCCGGAGGGAAGAGGCUGAUGGUGAAGAGAGAGAUGUGGACCGUGUCUCAGGCUUGGGAAGCUCCAGUGCAGGGUCAAGGAAAAUGGUGCUCUCCCAAAAGGAAAAGGAGGCCGCUAAAAUAGGCCUGCCUGUUUUUACACACCACAAAACAGAAGUUUGUCCCGAAACCUCAACAUCAAAGACUUCUCAGAGUGUAGAAAAGGGGGAUAUGGACCAACGGCACGAGAGCAAAAAGAAGAAGAAAGAGAAAAAGAGCAAAAAGGAGAAAAAAAAGAAAGAAAAGAAGAAGAAACGGCAAAGAAGAGACUCGUCCUCCUCAGACUCUGAUGACAGAAAACGGCAAAGAAAGGACCACCAUCAUCAUAAUCCAUCAUGCCACAGUCAGAGUGGAGCCAGACCCCAUGACAGCCAUUCAAGGGGGGGAGCAAAGGCCGAGCGACAGCCCUCCUACCCCCAUCAUCGACCGCAGCGGCAUGACACAGACUCCUCUGAUGGGGGGCCUCCUGUCCCCCGUAACCCUGUCAGCCACAAGACGGCCCCUGCUGGUGGCACACAAAGCCACAGGCGGCGCCACGACACAGACUCGGACGACUGAUGUCCUCCCCACCCCCUCAAUUCCGAGACUCGUAACACGGACGGAAAGCUCUACAGCGGCUUGACCCCCCCCCCAAGACCCCAUUUACCCCGAACGGACUGUAGAUGGAGAGAGGUCGAUGUGUCUGACUCACAGGCUUCGGCCUUUAUGUGUCUACAUCCAAUAAGUCGGUCAAUUAGUCAUGGGACACUGGUGUCUUUUGGGUUGUGUUUGACAUGGAGUAUGUUUUUAAUUUUUUAAACAUAUUUUAUGUGAUUUAAACCCCUAAAUAUUUCUAUAUAGUCAUAUGUUUUGAUUUAGUUUUUUGUAAAAUACAAUGCAAGGUAAAAUAUUUAGCAAAUAAAACUGAUCUUUUGUUACAAUGUCUGGCCCUGGGAACUGUUACAUUGUUUGAGAAUUAACUCGUGGAAUAAAUGUAUAUCUUGUCUUGUCUUCUACGCUAUAGGAUUUUUCCAGGAAAAGACUUUCCUGAUGCUCCAUGUCUACAACAGCAAAGUAAAGAAUCUCACAAAAAAUUGUA